UUAACAACUUCCGGUGACGCAUCUUGGAAAAUCGAUGAUACGAUAAUUUGCGAACAAAUUUUGAACAAUGGAAUCGAAGUAUGACAAAGUUGCUUAUCCUGAAAAUGCGUUUCUACAUUCUGACAAUGAACAGGAGGACUUUGGCACCGGUGUUUAUCCAGGAGUCUCCAUAAUAUCCAGGAGAUACAAACACGAAGAUACCAUUAAAAUCGCUUGUUUCAAAGUGAAACGAAAGUUCAGCAGGGUUGCUUUAAUUGGAGGAUGUCUAGCUAUUCUUCUUUUAAUUAUCGCUAUCAUCAUCAUCAGUACAUCGGGGAGAAAUGAAGCGGAGAAAGAAAAAGAUCUCUACAGUUCAAACAAAAAGCCUUAUGGCCUUUUCUUUCAACCAGAAGUUGACAACAGUCCACUGCUCUCCUUCAGUCCACAAAACCAGGCCUCCAUGAACCCCUACUUGAAUAACUUGGACUUCCACAUGCAUGUGUACAAUACUUACUCCUACGACAAGGACCCUUACAUGGUGUGUAAAAACGGAGAGGAAGUCCCAGACGGCAAGGUGUGCGUUCAGAAGAUGGCCACGUUCGGGGAGGAGUGCACACACCUCAACCACUACGGAUACCUACAGGGCAGGCCCUGUGUGCUGCUCACAUUGAAACUGAGACCAGAUGAUGUACCAGAAAACUUUCCCAACAAUUCAAAAGUUGGGAAAAUGUUAAACGAUACAUGGUCACCAUACCAUAUUGGGCUGACCUGUGAUGGAGAGACGGAGGAUGACAGGAAGUACAUCGGCUCGGACCAGUGGUACACCCCCGUGUUGACUGACCACACGGUGAUGAAGGAGAAACCCAUACAGAACUUCCCUGGGAAGGGCUUCAAUCUGCCCUUCUUCCCUCAGAGAAACCCGGACAAAUACAUCCCCCCAUCCGUCAUGGUCCAGUUCAACACGCUAAUGACCAAUCACCCCAUCAGUAUCAAGUGUGUGGCCUGGGUGGCCAAUCCGGAGUUCGGAGAGAAUCCGGAGGAGUCGGAUAUUUAUACCGCCAGGUUCCGGUUCUUAAUAACAAAGUAGAUAAGGACUAAUGAAAUGUUACAAAGGUGUUUUGUUUUGUUUUCUUCGACGGAAAAGUGAGGAUAUUUAAUUUCUGUGGAUGUUAAAAUCUAAGAUUUGUCACAAUUUUAAAGGUUAUUAGCCUAGUAUUUAGAUAUUUUAGAGACGUUAAAUGCUUAUAUGGAUGUUUCUUCCAAGACAAUGUUCAUUAAAGAUUUUAUAAGAGUCCCUUUAUUUUCAAUGAAAUUAAUUUAUUUUUAUUUAAGAGGGUAAUUAAGUUUAAGAACUGUUUACAAAAAAGUCACGUGAAAUCCAAGCAAAGUUAAGUGAUUGAAAAUACUGUAGAUUAUCAUUGAUUACCUCUUCAAAUAAAGAAACAAAAUCUGUUUGAUGCCUAGCCAGCAACCCAUUCCCACCUUUUAUCUGAAACUAUAUUUGAAAUUUUAAUUACGGUAUUUAAAAUGUAAACAAUGAAUGACACCUUGAUUUUAUGUAUAUGUAGUGUAUUUAUUUUAAUUUCCACAUUUGCAUACAUUUGAUGAAGAAAUUAGCAUUGUACACAUGUAUAAUACAAAUGUCAUUUUUAAAUGUUUUAUUGGAACACAUGUUUGAAUGUUUAUCAAUGCAAAUCCAAAAUACUUGUGCAGGAGUGAUAUUUUUGUAUUUAAUACACAUACAUGUAUAUGAACGUGUUCACUAUCUAUGUAUAGACUUUUUGUGUUUUAGUCACUAGCUGAAAGUUGAAUUGUUUCAAUCAGUUAAUUAAAGCGGAAUGUUUGGCUCUAAAUGGAAAGUGAUUCAACUUUUUAGAAAAAAAAGGUCUUAGAAAGAUCAUCUUGUUCAUGGGGACAGGAUUUAUUGUUAAAAGAAAUUUCUGAACACUAUUUCAAUGAGAGUAUGAACUUCUCAAAUCUUAAUUUAUCGUCACGCCAAUAUCAAAGAAAAAUGAUGAGAUAGAAUUACAAAAUUUAAGAAGAUAUGGAAUAUCUUAAUUUGUGACAUACCGAUACUUUGAUUAUCUCAAAAUGGCCAAUUCAUACUCUUCCAGAAGUACAUGUGCAUAUAUUUCACACAGUAAUGGUUUUUUUAAGCAGAGUUAAAUCAUGUAUAUUGCUUAAUUUUUCAAGUAAAUGUACUUUUUCUAAAUAACAUGUAUAUUUCAGCAUUCCUACAAAUUUUUCAAUUACUCUGACUUUUAAUCAGUGUCAAAACAGAUGAGCUUAACAUUAUACAUGAUCAUUCAUAUGUGGGGGUUUUUUUUUCAUUGAUAUCUUUAUUAAUUUCUUUUUCCACUCAUAUCAUUCCAAUUUAUCUUUAUAUAUAUAUUCUAUGGAAACUAUUUUUGAAGAAUUCUAUGUAUUUUUAUAUUAUUUGUUGUCAUAAUUAUAAGAUAUUAAGCAUAUAAAAAAAGAUGUAUAUUUAGAGCAAUACAUACGUACAUUUUUUCAUCACCAUAUUCUAUUUUGUCUGAGAUAAAUAAUUAUAAAUUUCUUGUAAUAAACACAGGUGCCUUUUAAUAUCCCAUUUCAGUAUUUUUCCAAGCAGAAGAACAUUUUUUGCUGCAAAAGAAAAAAAAAUCUUUCUCUUUCUCUAAGUUUUUGAAAAUAUCACACCGAUUUAAAACCACAUGGUCUGAUUUUAGCUGUUUUUCUAUUCAUUGUUCUAUUGCGUGAAAACAUACAUGUUUUACAUUGUUUUGGUUGUAAAAAAAAAACUGUUUUCUUUACCUUAGAUACUGGUUAUUAUCCUAAUUGGCAUUUUGUUUUCAUUAUAUCAUAUAUUUGUAUCUUUCAUUUGAAUCAUUUGCAUUUUAAGUUUUUUAUGUGCAUUCCAGAACUUCAAGCAUUUUUAAAGGUUGUUAUAAAUAGCUUUUACAAUAGUUUGUUACUUGUAAAGAAUUUGUACUUGUUCAAUGUGGGGUAUCUAAUUUUUCAGUAAAUAUUUGGUUCGAAGUUUACAUUCUGCUUAUUAUUGAAAAGUAACUGUUUUAAUCAACAAACUUAAUAUUUUUUUUGCUAUUUCAUCUACCGGUACUUAUAGUUCAUGUAUUUUUCGGGGGAUUGGAGGGGGGGUUCAAUUUGAAAUUCAAGCUAGAUAACCGGUACAUGUAUUUUGUUUUAUUUUUUACAAUGCUAUUGUAAACGAACUUUUAUUUGCUGCGACUAUAUUUCGCAAUUUACAGGGAUAAAUUAGUUGACAACAGGCCUUAUUCACAGCCUUAUGACAAAAACGUGUUCGCGGCUAGAUAUAUUUAUAGCAACAAGGCACUCUCGAACCUCUCGAAAAUUUCGGGCAUUCAAAUAAAAGUUGGUUUACUCUAUUCUUUGCGGCAAUGAUCUGUUAUUAAAUAAUGUGAUUUUUUUCCUUUUUAUUUGUUAUUCACAUUUAUUGUCAAUAAAGUUAUUAAAAUUAA